AUCAAACAACUGCUGCCUUAUGACGGAAAGUCUCGAGUUCGAAUCAUGUUAGUGUCAGUUCCUGAGUUCGCCCAGCUCCGAUGGGACGCCAGCAAGAUAAAAAUGGCUUUUUCAAGCAUCGUCGUAGCUUUGGCUGUCUGCUGUCUCACGCAUGCGCAGUACUCUAGUCCGUCCUCAAGUGCCAACAACCAGCAGUACCUUAAUGGCAUCUACUUCGAUCCCAACCCAUCUUCAUCUCAACCAACCUACCCAACCUACGCCAGUCAACCAACCUACCCAACCUACCCAACCUACCCCAGUCAACCUAGCUCCCCCAGCCAACCAACCUACCCAACCUACCCCAGUCAACCAACCUACCCAACCUACCCAAGUCAGCCAACCUACCCAAGUCAGCCAACCUACCCAACCUACCCCAGUCAACCUAGCUCCCCCAGUCAACCAACCUACCCAACCUACCCAAGUCAGCCAACCUACCCAACCUACCCCAGUCAACCUAGCUCCCCAACCUACCCAAGUCAACCUAGCUCCCCCAGUCAACCAACCUACCCAACCUACCCAAGUCAGCCAACCUACCCAAGUCAGCCAACCUACCCAACCUACCCCAGUCAACCUAGCUCCCCAACCUACCCAAGUCAACCUAGCUCCCCCAGUCAGCCAACCUAUCCACUUCAGCCAGCCUACCCAACCUAUUCUAAUAAUCAACCCUCAAGUAUCAACCAAAACCCAACCUACCCAACCUACCCAACCUAUUCUAAUAACCAACCCUCAAGUAUCAACCAAAACCCAACCUACCCAACCUAUUCUAAUAACCAACCCUCAAGUAUCAACCAAAACCCAACCUACCCAACCUACCCAACCUAUUCUAAUAACCAACCCUCAAGUAUCAACCAAAACCCAACCUACCCAACCUACCCAACCUAUUCUAAUAACCAACCCUCAAGUAUCAACCAAAACCCAACCUAUGACUACAAAACCCAAGGGGCCUACAGCGCCGGAGCAUACACCUGCUCUAAGACCGACAACGGCAAGACCUACGCUGUCACCGGUGUGUGUUACGCCUACUUUGAGUGUGUGGAUGGCGAGGCCCUCUACCGGCAAUGUAACGACAACUACCGUUUCGUGGCGGGAAAAUGUGUGCCUGACAAAACCUGCACCACAGCCUGCGGUGCUGACAUGUACCCAAGUUCCAACAGUAUCUACAAGUUUGUCCUGGGCGGCUAUGAGAUGUCAUGUCCUGCCAAAACUUAUUUCGAUUACAAGAUUUGUACCUGCCAACACUUAUACCUGAUGCCCCGUGCGACCAUGUACACACCAUAAGCCGUUGACCAGUGGACAGAUUUUUCUGCAACUUUGUCUCUUUUUUAAGCUAAUAUUUAAUCUUUAAUCCAAUAAAUUAAACAACUUUUUAUAUACACUGA